AUGAUGUCACGGUUGAAUUAUGGUAGUGCGAAAAUUAUUAGCGUUGCGAAAGAGAAAGAUUUCAUUCGGGCUGGACCAAUUUAUACGAUGAAAAAUAAAACUAUUCAUCAUGGCAUUUGCAAUGGUGAUAGUGGAGCAGGAUUGCAGGGAUUUGUUAAACAACGUGUUUUUCUCCUUGGUAUACAUUCAUUUGGUCCAAAAGUUUGUUAUGAAGGGUCACCAUUUACGGUGACAGAUACUCGACCAUACGCACAAUUGAUAUGUAAUCUAACAGGAAUAUGUUAUCAUUUAUCAUCACUAACAUGAUGAUUGUUAUCAUCCAUCAAUAAUCUAUUAUUUUUCAUAUUUAGCAUCUUGUUAACUUCACAUAAAGGAAAUAAAAAGAGGCAAAAAUAUU